UGGCGGCCUACGUGCUGUAAUAAUAACAGAAAACUAGAAUAUAAUAAUAUUAAACAAAAAUAUUUCAUUUUGUAUCGAUUUUGUUUGUAUGAUAAGAAUAAGGUUUAACAAUGGUACAAAAUGUAUUGUAUUCCUUUAAGAUGUUGUCACGAUACAGAACACGAAAGUUUUUCAGUGAUAUUCUUCAUCGGCAAUUAACGGCGUCCGCAACGAAUGCGUUGGAGAUAACAGACUGUUCAACCAAAGUGAAGCACCAAAUAGAAGACCACUGGAGAGAUAAAAUAAAUUUGUACAAAUCCAAUAUUGAUCAUAAAGCAAAAGAUAAAUUUUAUAUUCUAUCUAUGUUUCCAUAUCCUUCUGGUGCUUUACACAUAGGUCAUAUAAGGGUUUAUACAAUAAGUGAUACAGUAGCUAGAUUUUAUAGAAUGAAAGGUAAAAAUGUAAUUCAUCCCAUGGGUUGGGAUGCUUUUGGACUACCAGCAGAGAAUGCUGCUAUUGAACAAAAAGUGGAUCCAGUUGUAUGGACAAGAGAUAAUAUACAAACAAUGCGUAAUCAAUUGACAAUGCUGAACUAUUCUUUUGAUUGGGAAAGAGAAUUUGCAACUUGCAAUCCAAAUUAUUACAGGUGGACACAGGAAUUAUUCCUAAAAUUAUACGAUAAAAAUUUAGUAUAUCGAAAAGAAUCUUAUGUUAACUGGGAUCCUGUAGAUAAGACUGUACUAGCUGACGAACAAGUAGAUUUGAAUCAGCGAUCAUGGAGGUCUGGUGCAUUAGUAGAAAAGAAAAUGUUGAAGCAGUGGUUUAUUAGGACUACUGCUUUUGCAAAGUCAUUGCUAGAGGGUUUAAACGAUCCAAAUUUGAAGGAAUGGAGUGAUAUCAUAAAGUUGCAGAAGCAUUGGAUAGGCAACUGCAAUGGUAUUAAUAUCGAUUUUAAAUUGAUAUCUGAUAUUCCAGAUUUUCCAAACACAAUGAAUUUAUGGACAAACAUGCCAGAAUUUAUAGAAUAUGCAAAGUUUGUUGCUAUAUCUCCUCAAAAUAUAUUACAUCGUAAAGAUUAUACACAUGAUAUAGAUGUCGGUAUCAAAUGUUUAAAUGCAAAAGUAUUAAAUCCAUUCUCUGGUGAAGAAUUGCCGAUCUUUGUUACCGAUAAGAUUGUUUAUUCACCAUGCAGAGACAACCAUCUGGGUAUACCUUCCGCAUCUAUGGAUGAUUUACAAUUUUCAGAGUUGGUUGGGAUAUCGUUCACUCGGCAUACGAUACGUAGCUAUGAACAACAGCAGCAAAAGUUGUCUAAAAUAUUACAGAAAGCUAGAGAAUGGAAAAUAGGUGGAUAUCCAGUAAGUUCAAAACUGCAAGACUGGUUAAUCUCGAGACAGAGAUAUUGGGGUACACCAAUACCCAUGAUUCAUUGUGUAAAGUGUGGCACUCAGCCAGUACCUCGCGAUCAACUUCCCGUUACGUUACCAAACAUAAAGCAUAUAUCAAAUACGAAUUUAUCAGCUAACGAAAACGAAGAUUGGUUGGUAGCAAAAUGUCCUGUGUGUAAAGGAAAUGCGAAGAGAGAAACUGAUACGAUGGAUACGUUCGUAGAUAGCAGCUGGUACUUUCUACGUUUCUUAGAUCCUGAUAAUACAAAAGAGAUGUUUUCAGUGGAGAAGGUCAAGAAAACUUUCCCUGUAGAUCUUUAUAUAGGUGGCAAAGAACAUGCUGUGCUCCAUUUGUACUUUGCUCGAUUUAUAAGUCACUUCUUAUACUCAGAAGGUCUUGUACCAUGUAAAGAACCAUUUAGACAGCUUCUUGUGCAAGGUAUGGUAAUGAGUAAAACAUAUAAAAUUAAGAAAACUGGCAAAUAUGUAAGCACAAAAGAAGUAAAGGAAACAGAGUUCAAUCAAUAUGAGACAUUAUCCGGCGAACCAGUGUCUGUAAAUUGGGAGAAGAUGUCAAAAUCAAAAUACAAUGGUGUUGAUCCUCUUAUAUUGUUGGAUAAAUAUGGGAUAGAUAUGACCAGAUUAUUAAUAUUGGCUGAUGUUGCACCAAAGUCCACGAGGCAUUGGUCAGAAGAUACUAUUCCUGGCAUACAGAAUUGGCAAAAUCGUAUUUGGAAUACCGUGAGACAAUUUAAAUAUGAACGUGACAAUAUGUCUCUGGAGGAACUACAAACUAAAUCUACCCAUCCUAUGUUCGCUGAACACGAUGCAUAUAUGUUCGACAGUCGAAAUUAUUUUUUAAAAAAUGUCACGCAUAAUAUAGUAGACACGCAGCAAUUUAGUGUGGCAAUAUCCAGAAUGCAAGGUCUUACAAAUAGUUUACGAAAAGUUCAUAUAGAAUGUUUAAGAAAAAGUCGUGAAUUCGAACGAGCUUUGGCAGUUCAAAUUCUAAUGCUUGCACCUUUCAUUCCACACUUUGCCUCUGAAUUGUGGGCUAUUUUCUGCUCCGCAAAGCAUCAUCUUAUAGAUAAUAAAGAAGUAAAUUUGGAUAAAGAUUUAUUGGAACAGAAAUGGCCAGAUAUCGAUAUGGAUUAUAAACUCACAUUAAAUAUAUUUAUAAACAAACGUCAGUUCUUAAAACUGAAGCUUCCACGACACACGUUGGACGAAAUGACAUCAGAAACGGCAUUAGAGCAUGUGAUGCUUGAUCCAUAUUAUCAGAAACACUCGCACAAUAAGAAAAUCGUGGAAUCUAGUCUUCAAUUAGAGAAAGGCUGUGAUGCGACGUUGUACAUAACCAUGGAAAAACAAAUGGAAGAUAUUGUGCUAUAAUAUUUUUGUCAAUAUAUAUAAGCUACUAAAUUUGUUGUUCACCUGAUAUCAUAUUUUCCUUUGUAUCCAUUAUCUGAGAUAGAUUUUAAGAAUUUGAGAUAAUCAUCAGGAAGAUUGUUUUCUUGG